AUGACGGAUAAGGGUUGUUAUGUAUUUACACUAUUGCCCGAAGGCGAUGAUCCUAUUUUUCCACAUCUUCAUCAACGCGAUGUCCGCCGUCACCCAUCUCUCUCACCCGACGACCUUCCUUUCAACAGACCAAUCUUAGGCUUCGCCAUUUUUACCUUUUCUUUAAGCAAUCAUUCGUCUCUCUCUCUCUCCCCCUUUCUCUUUAUCUCCUUCUCCCCUUCUUCUUCUUAUUAUCAUUCUUCUUUUCUUGUUGUUCUUGUUGUUUUUUUUGUUCUUCUUCUUCUUCUUCUUCUUCUUCUUCUUCUUCUUCUUCUUAUUAUUAUUAUUAUUAUUAUUUCUUUCUGUAAGACAGAGGAGAGGGAAGGGUUCCUGACCUGCAGCCGCUUUAAGCUUGUUAUGUUGUCAAUAUCAUUACCAAAACGACCCCGUUAUAUUAAUGCCUUGAUUCACUAUUUCCCGCCAUUUCUAUCUAUUUCCCGCCAUUUCUUGACACUUUCCCGCCAAUUCCAUUUUUAUUUACUGUUCACGCUUCCCUCUCACUAUUUAAUUCCCGCCUUUUCUAUCUACCUUCCGCAUUUUCUCUUACUCCUCACUCUCUCUCUCUCUCUCUCUCUCUCUCUCUCUCUCCAUUUCUAUCUUCCCUCCUUUCUUUCAUUUUCUCACGGAAACCAAACAGUGUCCUUUCAUGCUAUUCUUCCGUUCCUCUCUAUUUUCACACCUUGUGUCCCUCCUUCUUUCUUUCUGUCUCUCUCCUUUUCUCUCUCCUCUUCGUUAUUCUCUUUUUACAUCUCUCUUCUUUUAUUUUCCUCUCUCAUUUCUUUUUCCUCGUUCUUUCUCUCUCUCUCUCUCUCUCUCUCUCUCUCUCUCUAUCUAUCUAUCUAUCUAUCUAUCUAUCUGUUUCCAUUGCUCUCUCUACUGCUUUUUCUUCUCUCCGUUUGUUUUUUCCCGUUUUUAUAUCACUCUCACUUUUUUCCUUUACGAUUUACUCCCUCAUUCAUUCCCCACAUCUCUCUCUCUCUCUCUCUCUCUCUGACUCUCUUUCUUUUCUCCAUUUUCUUCUCUUUGUCUCUGUUGUUUUUUCCAUUUUCUGCCCUUUCACCUCGUUACUCACUCUCUCUUUUUAUUGAAAAUUUUCCCCUAUCAAUUUCCUCCCCUUUUUUCUUUCUCUCUCUCUCUCUCUCUCUCUCUCUGUUUCAUUUCCCAUUCUAUCACUUUCAUUUGCUUUCGUCUUUACUUCUAGCCAUCAUUUUUUCUUUUUUCCUCCUCUUUUUCAUUUUUUAUUUGUCUUAA